GGUUGGAUCAGAGGAAGUCAUGAUAACUGCUGCUCUGGACCUGAAAGAGUUCUGCAUAUCUUCUGCUUGCUGAAGUCUGGAACUGAGCCGUGAAGUCGGGAGCCACCCGUGUCUUUGACGUGCAUCCUUCUGCAGGGGAACUCAGGAUGUGAGCGCAAGGUCGCUGGAGGUCGAGAUGAGCGCCACCUGAAAGGAACACUGCAGAACUGGAUUCAAACUGAGAGGUGACGAGUUUGAAGACAGUGAUGUCUGUGAAUAUCAUGAUGAGGAACAUUUUACUGAGUUUCCUCUUUGUUUCAAGGACUUUGGCUUGUUCUGAUGACGCAGACCUGUUCAUCACUGCACCGGAAAAGUUGGAAGCCCUGAGUGGAUCUUGUCUCCUAAUCCCUUGUAAUUUCAGGACUGCAGGAGAAACUGAGUUUGACAGCAGCAGAACCACUUCUGGAGUGUGGAUUAAAAAUGACCAUAAUUUUGGCCCCCAUCCAGAGAAUGUGAUUUUCAAUAGUAGUCGGCAGAAUGACAACUACCCGAUGGAGAUCACUGGAGACCUGUCUAAAAAGAACUGCACCACACUGUUUCAUAAUCUAACCACUAGUUACUCACACGAUUAUUUCUUUAGAGUAGAGAACAUACCAUACAAGGCAACAGCUAUUUGUGAACGUCUUCAAUUCAACAUUAAAGAUUCUCCUCCGAGGCCCACAUUAAAUGUCUCAGGUGAUCUGAAUGACCUGAAGGAGGAGGAGUCUGUCACUAUAACCUGCUCAGCUCCCACUCCCUGUCCACACCUCCCUCCUCGACUCACCUGGAGCCUCCAACAAGACGCUCACAGCCAAACAGAGGAAAACACAGAUAGAAUUUUAACCACUAAGAUCCAGCAGACCAUCACUCUGUCAGACCAACAUGAUGGAUUCAACCUCAGCUGCUCUGCUGUGUAUCCUGUUGAUGGAGGAGAAGCUGUGAAAACAGCUGUGGAAGCGUUCACUCUCAGUGUUUCUUAUGCUCCUAAAGACAUGUCAGCCUCCAUCAGUCCAUCAGGUUUGGUGUCUGCAGGGAGCUGGGUGAACCUGACCUGCUCCAGCAGAGCCAGACCUGCUGUCAGCUACACCUGGUUCAAGAUCAGUGAACAUGGAGCAGUCAGAGUGUCUGAAGGAGACUUUUACAGCUUUAAUGUGACGGAAGGAGGAGAAUAUUACUGUGUGGCUGCAAAUGAUCUGGGAAAUCAGACUUCAGAAAAGAUUCUUGUGAUUGUUGCAGGAGAGGGCCCAUGUCCCUCCUUCCAGUGGAAGGCCAUUCUAGGAGGCAUCGUUGGGAUCAUCGGCCUCAUAUGCUUGAUCAUCUUUGUUUGGUGGUCAAAGUCGAUGUAUCGACAGCAGCAGCAGAGCCAACCAAGGGAUGAGAUGGUCGGUGAAAACCCAACAACUAAUGCCGAAGAAAACAUCCACUACGGCGAGAUCGAUUUCUCCCACUUGAGGCCUGGCCCGGCUUCUGGCUCGGCUCAGGAUCACCAACAGUCUCAGACAGCGGUGUACGCAGAGGUCAAAAUCAACAACCAGGAGGUCAACACGUCUGACAGCUCAGCUCAGACCGCCGAGGACCCCCAGCAGGUCUACGCUCAAGUGAAGAUUCACUGAAGUUUUUUUUUCCAUCUUGAGGACAAAAUAAGGGAAAACAGCCAGGAGAACAAUUUGAAUUUUCCAAUAUAUCACAAAAAGAUGAACCUCUAUUUAAAGAAAAAAACAAUAAUGCAGGAUCAGAAAACAAAUGGGAAGGAAAACUUCCAAUCAAAGAAUGAAGCAACCAGAAAAGAAAAAAAAAACAGAUUAGUAGUCACACAGAUGGAAAAAAGUUGAUAUUCUCGCCCGGCAUUUGAAAAAAAACCUCUGUACUCGUUUCCUUCUUACAGUUGUUCGAGGUGGUUCUUUGCUUGCUUUCACCUCUACGAGGUUACAGUGAAAUGAUUAAAGCUUGUUACAUGAAUUCACAGUGGAGUUGCAGCAGGAAGUUUCAAAUCAAAUAGAAUUGACUGGCUGUGUUAUAUAUAAAGUCCAGGUGGCUCCUUUUUUUUUUUUUUUUUUUUUUUUUUUAACUUUGGAAGAAAAAGAUGUUUCAAUAUCAAAAUUGUAAUACAAGUUGAGUUAUUGCAGAAGAUUCAACUCAUGUAUCAAUGCUGACAAAUGUACUAUUGCAAUAACAAAAGCUAUAUUGUGUAAAGAAAAUAUUUUUGUACAUAUUUCAGGAACUGUACUUUCUUACUUUUACUUCAGUACUAAUAAUACUAAUAAUAAUAAUAAUAAUUUAAAAAAAAUAUAGAAUUAGUACUUUUUCUCUGACCAAAGUCUAUUACUUUUAUAAAAAAAAAAAAAAAAAAACCUUUUGUCAGUUUAUCCUCUGGUCCUGUGG